AUGUACCAGGUUCGAAGUUCGCCGAGUCCCUUUCUUCAAUCGGUUACAUUCAUCCACUGUAACGUAAGCAAAGAGCAAGACGUGAGCGCAGCAGUGGAUUUAGCCAUGGAAAAGCAUGGAAAACUGGACAUAAUGUUAAAUAAUGCAGGUGUUGGAGAUAGGCAUCGAAGUAGUGUUGCAGAGUACGAGAUGGAGCAAUUUGAAGACCCCAUGAAUGCAAAUGUAAAAGGAGUAAUGCACGGCAUUAAGCAUGCAGCCCGCGUUAUGAUACCCAAGAGAAAAGGGUGUAUAAUUUCUACAGGCAGUACUGCAGGGAUUAUGGGAGGAACUGCACCUCAUGCAUACACGGCCUCAGAACAUGCAAUUAUAGGCUUGACUACAAAUGGUGCUGCUGAGCUUGGGAGAUAUGGUAUCAAAAGCAAUUGUGUUUCUCCUUCUUUUGUUGCAACCAGGACUGCAAUUGACUGCGUAGGAAAAGGAAAGGAUGAAGUGGAGGCGUGGGGUUGUAGCGUAGGCAACUUGAAGGGAACCAUUCUUAAAGCGGAGGAUAUUGCAGAGGCCGCUCUGUAUUUGGCCAGUGACGAGUCUAAAUAUUCGCCAUUACAUGCACGAUAUAGCAGCUAUGGAUACAACAUGUGGUUGCACUUCAGUGAUAUGACUGAAUAUAACGGGUGGGAGCGUUGGCAUGUUCUAUAUGGCGGAGGCAGAGGCAUUGCGCACCCCAAUGCAAGAGAAUGCUCGACUAUAGAGGACGAUGGCCAAAAUAAAAGAUCUCUGUUAGCAUUAGCUAAAGCAGCCAGGAAACCAAGAUGA